CAAAUCCCCUCCACUGUUACAGACACAUUCCCUCUUUUCUUUCCCUUUGACAAAUUAAGAGAGACACUAAAUAGAGAUGGAGCAACAUUAUUUGAGAGGAUUGGUUGUGGGGUUGGUUCUAUUGCUUGCUUUGCGAAUCGCAGAGGCCGGUUUGUCGCCGAAUUACUACGAAACGUCGUGCCCGAACGUCGAGUCGAUUGUGCGGCAGGCGGUGGAGAAGAAGAAAAACGCGACGGUCGUGACGGUGCCCGCGACACUGAGGUUGUUCUUCCACGAUUGCUUCGUCGAGGGUUGUGAUGCAUCUGUGCUGAUUGCGUCGCCGAACGGCGACGCCGAGAAGGACGCGCCGGACAACAUCUCCCUCGCCGGCGACGGGUUCGACACCGUCAUCAAGGCCAAGGAGGCCGUCGAAGCUGAAUGCCCCGGCGUGGUCUCCUGUGCCGACAUACUGGCAAUCGCUGCCCGUGAUGUUGUGGCUCUAGCUGGAGGCCCGAACUUCACGGUCGAACUCGGCCGGCUCGACGGUCUCAUCUCCAACGCUAGCCUGGUAGCCGGGAACCUCCCGGGGCCGGACUACAACCUCGCGAAUCUCACGUCGCUCUUUGGCAAACACAACCUCACUGUGCUCGACGUAGUCGCACUCUCCGGCGCCCACACGGUCGGCUUCGCGCACUGCACCCGCUUCGCCGACCGCCUGUACAACUUCAGCUCGACGUUGCCGGUCGACCCGUCGCUCAACCCGGUGUACGCGGAGCAGCUCGAGCAGGUGUGCCCGCCGCACGUCGAUCCCACGAUGGCGGUGAACAUGGACCCGGUCACGCCGGUCACGUUCGACAGCUACUACUACAAGAACCUGGUCGACGGCCUCGGGCUUUUCAGGUCCGACGAGGUGCUCUACACCGACAACCGGACGAAGUCCGCCGUCGACGACUUUGCGGGGAACCAGAGCAGCUUCUUCGCGGCGUUCGCGCACGCGAUGGUCAAGCUCGGGCGGGUCGGCGUCAAGGCCGGAAAACUUGGCCAGAUCAGGAGAGACUGCACCACGUUCAAUUGAGUUGUACGUUACGCGCGGAAAUUUGAUUCAUUUGUAUACUGUUUUGUUUUUACAACAUGAAGUGCUACUACUGAGAAGAAUGAAAGAUUUGUUUUGUUUUCUUUUUUAUGAACGAAAACUCAGGUGUACUGCAAUAAAAAGUAGGGACAACAAA